AUGAGAACAUGCUGCAAUUGCUGGCAUAUCAAACAUGGCACUAUUAUUCUGGGUUUGCUGGAAUUGGCUGCUGUUGCCCUCAUUCUCAGUGGCAUUCUGAAACAGUUGAUCGGAAAAAUUCGAAACCAUCGCUGCGAGCAGACUUUUUUCACUCGGUUAUUUCGGGACUGUUACAAAUGGAGUUUUUUAACGUUUAACUGGACGCUAGCCGGUGAUUAUUUUAUAACGCUGCUUUUGUUAACUAUCACGAUAUGCGUAAGUUAA